AUGGGACAGUUUGCACAAUGGACAGGACGACGAGACUAUCGCGGAUUCCCAAUCUAUAUCUUUCCACUCAAGAAUUUUACUAAAAGAAAGAUAGAAAGCUGGAUCUCGAUGCUAAAUUCUUCAUCAUCCGCCCAGGAACAUGGCUCAGUGCCUCCCCAUAUUCUUCACUUUGAAGCUUUAUUGGACAAUUUAUUGCAAUUUGUACUGCCGUUGUGUUCCCGGCUGCCAAGGCCCAAUAUGGAAGUUCCGAUAUCUGCCUCCACUCAUAUAAUCGACAUCACAGGGAUGGGUCUCUCAAAUUUUUGGAAAAUCAGGGUGUAUUUACAAGCGGCCUCUACAUUGGCAUCCAGUUAUUAUCCAGAAACUCUUGGUCAUGUUUUCAUCAUCGGCGCAUCUCCAUUUUUCAUCACAAUAUGGGAUAUGGUGAAGAAAUGGUUUGACCCUCCGACUCUUUUGAAGAUUAAUAUUUUAUCACCCUCCGAGACGAAAGCUACUCUCUUGACUCAUAUCGCACCUGAAAAUCUUCCUGAGGAAUAUGGAGGCAGCUUAAGAUGGAAAUGGGGUAACAUGCCAAAUCUGGACGGACCUGCAAUGGCCACAGCGGGAGGGUUGUAUAGCCGGAAAGAUAAUGGGGAAAUUGAGUUUAUUCAAGGUCCUCUUCUCAUUGGAGAUGACAAUAUCCAGCUGCUGGGUACAGUUGACGGAAAGGAAAGAAGAGGAAAGAUACCUUUGAACAAGCAAACAGUCAGGUCAGAGAAAGUUUCAAAUGUGCUGUGA